AUGAUUAACCCACACACUUUGAUAGAAAAAGAGUUUCAGGCUGCUGAACAACAUGCUUCAUGCGGGCGCCUAUGCGCAUCACUGUCUCAGAAUCUGAACAGUCACUCGUUCAAAUUGCCAAUUUCGAUCCUCGAGAUCGAGACUAAAAGAGGGCCACACAGAUCUGAUCGUCCUCCUUAUUACAUCCCCAUGCGCUUCCCAACAUCAACGGGAGUACUUCCUCCCAAUAUCUGGAUGGAAAAGAAAUUGGUAGAUUGCGGUCGAGAAGAGUUCGGAUACAUUCCGAACGUGCGAAUAUAUUUUAACGGGAGAAUGUAG